AUGACAUACAGGCCUUCGUCAGCAGCCAUCCGCCCCGCCCCGCCCCAGCACCCGGCCACGCUGCCCCGGGGUAUUGACGGCGUCUUUGUGUGUAUUACAGGUACGCUUGGAGUGGCGGCGGUGCACGACGAGUCCUCCUGCUGUGAAGGUGAGUGUGGCGCCGGAGGGAGUGACGCCGGGUGCCUGAGACUGAUCGGGAACGUAAGCGAGGGAGGCCGUGAGGACGAGGACAGUGAGGGUGUGGGCGAGGCCUCCCCGGGGUGCCACCCUGCCACCGACCCGCCGCCCCCGCCGCCCUUCAGCCCUCCGCCGCCACGGCCUCAAGUUAUGGAGGGUCGCGCCACUGCUGCUGCGACCAAGCUAGGGCGCAUGUCACCCUCUGUCUACGUGGGGGGCGGCACCUUGGGAAGGGUCAGCCCAGGACACGAUCUUGGUUACCACACCUUGGUCACAAGACAGACCCCGACGCCCACGAGAGACCGCACCACGCCCACCAGAGACCGCACCACGCCCACACGAGACCGCACCACGCCUUCCCCUUGGUCAGAUGUGCGAGCCUCACCUUUUCCUGCCCUUGACCUUUCUGCUUUGUCAUCCUGUCCACGGUCAUCACCUCGGCCACAGCUACCACAAGUACCUCCUCAGCAGCAGCAGUCACCUCAGCAGCCACAGCAGCUGGAAAGCACAGACCAGCUGCUGGCCACGUACAAAGGGAAACGGGUCUCUAGAUCAUCUCCGUUUGACAAGCUUAGUGAUGAACUGGUAGUGCGAAUCCUAUCCUUCUUGCCUACCAAUGCAGUGUGCCAGUGUGCCAGGGUGUGCAGGCGGUGGUACGUGCUGGCCUGGGACCCCCGCCUCUGGUCCACCAUCACCCUCGCCAAUGAGGCCAUCCACGCUGACAGGGCAAUCAAGCAAAUCACGAGACUACUGGCCAGAGACUCGGGUGGCUGCGUGCAUGUAGAAAAGGUCAUCCUGAACAGCUGCUCAAGGCUGUCAGACCGAGGGUUGUCACUCAUCGGGCGGCGGUGUCCAGAGCUGCGGCACCUUGAAAUAAAAGGUUGUGUAAAUGUCACCAAUAUUGGCAUUUUUGAACUCGUAACGCAGUGCGUAAAUCUGGAGCAUCUUGAUGUCACAGGCUGUCAUCAGAUUACUUGUAUCCACUUGACACAGCAGGGAACCGUGGAGCCCGAGCCACUACAUUCUCGGCAGCUAUACCUCCAAUACCUUGAUAUGACAGACUGUUACGCCCUUGAGGACCAAGGCCUCAAAGUAAUUGUCAAGAACUGCCCCCAGCUCCUUCACCUUUACCUUAGAAGAUGUAUUAAUAUCACAGAUAUAGGAGUGAAACACAUGGCCAGCUACUGCCUCAUGCUGCGUGAGGUGAGCGUUUCAGACUGUGGCAACGUAUCAGACUUUGGCAUGUAUGAGUUGGCCAAACUGGGACCUAACCUGCGCUACCUGAGUGUGGCAAAAUGUGACCGCAUCAGUGAUAUUGGCAUCAAACAGAUUGCUCGCCACUGUUAUAAGUUGCGCUAUCUCAAUGUGCGAGGUUGUGAGGGAGUUAGUGAUGACUCAAUGGAAAUGGUGGCCAGGUCAUGUCCUAGACUGAGAGCACUUGAUAUUGGUAAAUGUGAUGUCACAGAUAAUGGAAUGAAGCUAAUUUCAGAGCACUGUCCCAACCUAAAGAAGCUUUCAGUGAAAUCCUGUGACAUGAUCACUGACCGAGGUGUCCAGUACAUAGCUUAUUAUUGCCGUGGUCUCCAGCAGCUCAACAUUCAGGACUGCCAAGUGACAAUUGAAGGCUACAGGACAGUCAAAAAGUAUUGCCGACGUUGUAUCAUAGAGCACACUAACCCUGGCUUCUUUUAGAAUAGCUCAAGUGUGCCUGUACCUUGCCCAGUGUUGUGCCAGUGACUGCAGAAAAUAUCACUAGUGCCAAAUAUAGUGAGCCUGUGUAACUGAUGCUAAUAAGGACAAGACCCAGAUGCUAGUGCAAAAGACCCUGUAGCUGGGGUCACAUAGCCCUGGGCAAGACAUGUGUCUACUCACCUGUGCCAAUACCUGCAGUGCCAAAUGGUGAGCCAAAUCCCUCGAGCAAACAAGCGUCUCCUUCAUGUACCAAAGUAACGCUACCGUUGCCCCAAAGCAGCACCACUUGCUGCUUAUAUGCCUUGCAAACACAGUGAUGUUUGCCUCUGUCUUUGUAAUUCCCUAGUGUGUACCUGUGUAAUACAGUGUGUACAUUUAUAAUGUGCACAUAUAAUUGAUGUACAUUUCCCUGUGUAUGUGCAGUUUUAUAACAGACAUUGAAGUGUAUAUGUAUUAUGCCAUGAAAAGCGACUGUUUGUGUAUUGUCAACAUACACAGUUGUAAACAGAAAACAUGUGCCUUCCCUCAGGCCUCAUUUCUUCAUCAUUUAAAGUUUUAUCUUUAAAGAAAUGCAUUAUUGUUUGUUGGUUCUCUUAAAAUAAUUACAUUAUGACAUAUUCAUUUAACAUAUUGGAAUUUAUUGCUGGCAUUACUCAGAACAUUUACUUAAAAUAUGACAACAGAAUGUUUUUAAGAUGUAGUCUUCAUGAAGCCUUAAGUAGAGUUUAGUUACUCGUAAUGCUUCAGCAGUUAGUUUCAUAAUAUAUUAAUAAAUCUAUUUAUCUUCAUAAAGAUUAGGUAAAUGGAAAAAUACUACUGAUUCACUAUACAUUCUUAUCAUUUAUAAGUCAACAAUCCUAAAUUGAUUAAUUUCUUUCAUUGUUCUAGAUAAUGGUAAUUAUGACUUAAGUAAACAAGUGCAAUAUUUACUACUGCCACAUUUUCUAAUAUAAUUCAGCUGGAGCAUGCAAUACCUGAAGGCACGGAGCCUGAAAAGAUCUGAAACUGCGAACUGUUGGAGUACUGUCAAGGUGACUAAACUGGACAUUAGUUGGAAUUUUGCUGCUGCUCUCAAUCACAAUGAAAUAUGCAUCUAUCUAUCACUCACUAUUUUCUAUUUGCUAUUCUUUGUUAUUUUGUGCAGACAGUUAAAAUUUUCAAAAACCUAUAAGGGUAACAGCGUGUAAGAUGAUACAGUGUAAGAAAAUGAGACGGUGCUCUUCAGUACAGUAGCGCACACACCUGGAGUCAGGAAUGAUGACAAUGCCAAACAAUCACCGACUGUCCACAGAGGAGAUUAAGGUAGUGACAGUUUAACUUCUUAAUGAUUCAGUGUACUUGAACUUCAUUUCAUGCACAAAAUUAUGAAGUUUUGAUGGAAUUACCUUUAACCCAUGUGUCUAAGCUUUAUGAGAAACAUAAAUGGAUACAAUAUUUAAACAUUGAUCCUAUUCUUAAGCUGUACUUUGUAUAUUAUUCAGAAAUUUAAAAAUAUGUACUUAAAAUGAAAUCCCAAACACUGCCAGUCAAGUAUUUUGGAUAGGUACAUGAUGCUGAACCUAUAACCGAAGCUUAGAAGGACAAUUUAGUGUGAUCUGAUAGCCUGGAUAAUGUUGAGAACAUUUGUAGUGUAGUUCAUGCUGGCACAGAUCUGGAAUUGACAUUACUCAGACUGAACUCUCAAGAUGAGAUGACAGUCAUUUAAAUUUCAAACAAAAUAGUCAUCAUCAAGGGAAGAUAGAUAAGACAAUAAUAGUUUUUCAGUUUGUUUAAUAUAUCAAAAUUCUUUUGAAAAGCUUCAUUCACAAUUCAAUCGGUCAGUGCAGCAAUCCCACAUGAAUAACAUGACACAAGAUAAACAUUCAUGGAAUCACCUCUUCUUUAUUAACUGGCAUUGUCACUAAAUCAAUCAAAUUAAA